AUGCGGCUACUGAGACGAGGUCAGCUGUCACUGCUAUUGAAGCUCACUGUUGUGCUGGGAUCGGUGUGGAUGCUUUCCCUACUCAGUGAUAUGAAAACAGACUGGAGUCUUAACUACAGCUGGUUGGAGUAUACAGAUAUUGAUGGCGGUCCGGAGAAAGAGUGCAACUGUUCUGCAAUCAUGCGGGGAAACAAGGCGGAGUUGGAAAAGGCCAAAUUUCUGACCAUCACGAAAGACUUCCGCAAGAGAGUUCAGAUCCCUGACGAGUAUUAUAUUAAUGCAACUAAAGACUGCAGGAAAUUCAAGUUAAGCAGGAAAUACAUAACAUUCCCAUUAAGUGAAGAAGAGGAGGAGUUUCCUCUGGCUUACUCUAUGGUGGUACAUCACAAGGUGCAGAAUUUUGAGCGACUACUGCGAGCUAUCUAUGCACCUCAAAAUAUUUAUUGUGUCCAUGUGGACAAAAAAACGGAGGCCUCAGCCCUUGCUGCCAUCAUGGCCAUCAUUUCCUGUUUUCCCAACGUCUUCCUGGCCAGUCGGCCUGUGAGUGUGGUCUAUGCUGCUUGGCCACGCGUCCAGGCUGACCUGAACUGUAUGGCUGAUCUUUAUAAUGUCAGUACAGAAUGGAAAUACUUCAUCAACGUUUGUGGCCAAGAUUUCCCCCUGAAAACCAAUUUGGAAAUUGUGAGGACACUGCGUUCAUUGAAGGGCCGGAACAGCAUGGAGUCAGAAAAAAUGCCAGAUGGAAAGAUUUGGAGGGUGACAAACGCUCACCGGAUAGUUGAUGGAGGAAUCGAGGGGACAGGACAGAAAAAGACGCCGCCUCCCUUCAACCUGCCCAUUCUGUCAGGAAAUGCUUACAUUGUGGUCAGCCGAGGUUACAUCCGCAGUGUGCUGGAAGAUGAGCGAAUACAAACGCUGAUAGAGUGGGCCAAAGACACCUACAGUCCUGAUGAGUUUCUCUGGGCGACUAUUCAACGAAUGCCUGGUGUUCCUGGUUCAACAAGGCCCCAUCGUAAAUACGACAUGACAGAUAUCAAUGCAAUUGCUCGGCUGGUGAAGUGGCAGUGGCAUGCGGGUCCAGACGAUUCCCUGGAUGCAGUGUAUCCACAAUGUCAUGGCAAUUAUGUGAGGGGAAUAUGUGUGUAUGGGGCUGGAGACCUGCAAUGGAUGAUUGCUCAGCAUCACCUCUUUGCCAAUAAGUUUGACAUCAACACAGAUCCCAUUGCUAUCUACUGCUUGGAGAAAUACCUGAGACUGAAGGCGCUGGCUGAGUCAUAUUAGAUGGAGAUAUUUCUGGUAACCAAGAAUGAGUCAGAACAAAAUGUUACUGUUUUAAAUAAAAACAGAACUGACAGAGUGAAUAUAUUUAUCCUGACAUGUAUGAAACUUACUGUUAUUAAAUGUAAAAUUCGACUGACCUGACUAAACCAAAGUUAAAUGAUGC